AUGUCGACUAAGUCAUCCGUAGAUUUAAGAGGCGAAUUGGCUGAGCUUGUUAAGCGAAAAGCUGAAAUAGCUGACACCCUGGCGAAUUUAGAAAGACAAAUAUAUGCUUUUGAAGGUAGUUAUCUUGAAGAUACACAAUUAUAUGGGAAUAUUAUACGAGGAUGGGACAGAUACUUAGCUAGCAAUAAAAAUACAAAUAGUAAAGCUGAUAAAAGAAAUAGAAAAUUUAAAGAAGCUGAAAGAUUAUUUUCUAAAUCAUCAAUAACGUCCAUGGCUGCUGUAAGUGGUUUGGUCGAUAAUACCCAAGAAAAAAUUGAACGAUACAGUGAGUCAGAAUCACAGCUUGGAAAUAGCGGUAGUGAAGACAACUGCAACUAUAACAAUUCUAGUGUGGUAACAUCGGGUAAUAGCAAAGACUCAAGUGGAAAGAAUCACACGUCCAUACAAUCUGGAUAUUUACAAAACAACGGUACAUUGAGUAACAACGAUGCCAAUGUUACAUUUACAAAUGGUCCAUUGUCAAAUGUUACUGUACGAAUAGAUCCAUCGGCUUCGACUACCGAGUACUUACCACGUACAGCAUCACCAUUUCUUUCUUCCCAAGCUGACUUUGAGUCACCCGUAUAA